AUGAACCCUGGUGGUAGUGGUGGGUUGUCGUUGUCGUCGAACGCCGGAAACCACCACAACGUCCAGCAUGUGAUACCGCCAGCGCAAUCCCGCCCAGUCUAA